GAGUUGUUACUUCGUGGAUCGGGCCCGCCUACCUGCGAAAACCCGAAAUAAAACGCAGAAGACGAGCAGCCCAACGCCAAUAGGUUCGUCGAAAGACUGAAGAUGGAAGCCUAGCUCCCAUCGUUCCACCAUUUAAACCUCUCUCUCAGCCUCCAGUCACUAUAAAUCUCAGCCUUCGACCUCUCUCCCAGCCUCGGCUCGCCGGACAUCUAGACCUUCCUCCGAGCCUUCAGUCGCCGACUCACCGGAUAUCGCAGCACGCAUUCGAAGCCUCUUCGCUCCUUUCCUCAACGGCUCAACGUAACGGCCUAGAAAAAUUCUUUAUUGUGGGUUUGAGUGCAUAAAAUACCAAAAUCUCUUCCAAAAUGGGAUCAACAAGACCAAGGCCAGAAUCAUCCACAAAAGCAGAAAGAAAAUUUGAAAAGAAGCUCCAGUUUUAUGCAAAGGUCAGAGAUACUGUUGCUUCUUUAAGUGCGAAAAAGGCAAUAAGUAAGAAGAAAAGGCUUAGAAGUCGACAGAAGAAACUGAAAGCAUAUAAUCUCUCUUCCCUCUCAGAGUCCCUUCCUGAGUUGAAGGCUCCACAGCAACUUAAACUGAACAGCAAAUCUAGGCAAAAGCUAGUAACGAAGGAAGCAAAUCAAUUAAGGACUGUUCUUAGCCAUCCUGCUUUCCUAUCGGAUCCAUUGGCUGCCAUUCAUCAACACCUAAAGAAUACACAGCCUAUUACGAAGGACGAAACGAAGAAAAGGUCUAGCAAAAAAGGUGAAAAAAAAUCGAAAAAGAAAAGGGCAAAAGAUGCAUCUGGGCUUCAAUCUAUGGCUAUCUGAUUUUCUGUUCGGGUGAAUAGUUUCAAUAUUUAUAUUUGGACGUAUUGUCUGCAGAAGCAUGCUACCCAACUUAUGAAUAUAAAUCUUCUUUUGUGAGGUAGAAACAGUCUGCUGUUAAGAGUUUUCCCCGCAAACAGCAGUGCGUUGUUUAACUAAUUAAUUCAUUCUAUGAGAAAAGUUUAGGCAAGUCGUGCCUCGACCGUUUGACGAA